AUGUCAUUUCUCCGUGUCGCGUCUCUUCGGCCUCUGGUAUGUCAAUUGCUGUCCAAAGUCGCGUUCUCAGACGCGUCUUUUAGACUGCUGGCGCUCGUCGCUAUGCGACCGAAGCGCCGCAAAAAAAAAUCCAACCUCCUCCCGUUGUCGCUUGCACUCUCCGGUCUGGGUGGAAUCGCGGCAUAUGUGUAUCUCAACCGAACCAUAGAACCUCUUCCGCCAGCCCUGAAUCCCGACCAAUUCAUAACCCUGCCUCUCAAGAAGGUCGUUCCUUACAACCACAACUCGAGUACUUUCGUGUUCGAACUUCCUCCGAAAACCUCUUCGAAGCUUCCCGUCGCCUCUUGCCUCGUUGUCCGGGCGACCGAUCCCGAAGCUCUCAAGAGCAAUGGGAACCCAGUUGUGCGGCCAUACACCCCGGUUGAGACCAAGGACAACACCAACGAGCUUGUCCUGUUGGUCAAGAAAUACGAGACUGGUGUCAUGUCAAAAUACAUGCACGAAAUGAAGCCCGGAGACACGCUCGACGUUAAAGGGCCUAUCCCCAAGUUCCCUUACAAAGAAAAUGAGUUCGACGAAGUUGCGCUCAUCGGAGGAGGGAGUGGAAUCACUCCUCUUUACCAAGUCCUCACCCAUGCGCUUUCAAGCAGAUUCAAUACUACCAAAUUCAAGCUGCUCUACUCCAACGUAACGGAACAAGACAUCUUACUGAGGGAAGAGCUCGAUGCCCUCGCCAAAAAGUACCCAAGCACUCUCGAAGUUGUUUACCUACUCGACAAACCCGGGAAUGAUUGGAAAGGUCCCUCUGGAUUCGUGAAUGCGGAUGUCAUCAAAAAGUAUGUUGCACCACCGACGCAACAACGGACAAUGGUUAUGGUCUGCGGCCCUCCGCCACAGGUCGCCAGCAUCGCGGGAAAGAAGGCCGGCAUGAAGCAAGGCCCAUUAGGCGGUGUUCUGAAGGAGCUUGGGUAUACUGAGGAACAGGUCUUCAAGUUCUAA